AUGCCUAUGAAACUCGAAGGAAGCUGCCAGUGCGGCAGCAUCGAAUUCACUGUUGACUCCCAGACCCCCGUGCCAUACCAGCUCUGUGCCUGCAGUAUCUGCCGCAAAGUCGGCGGAUACGGCGGCAGCGUGAACCUGGGCGGUAUCGCAGACAGCCUGAAAGUGAUCAAAGGGAAAGAACUGAUCAAACAAUACUCUGCAAUCAAAGACCGCGGCACCCCGAACGAGGAGCGCUGCUCCUCGCAGCGCAACUUCUGCUCGAACUGCAGUACCAUGCUGUGGCUCUGGGAUCACCACUGGCCGGAACUCAUUCACCCCUUUGCCUCGGCGAUUGAUACCGAGUUGCCCGUGCCGGACGAGAUGAUGUGCAUCAUGUCCGGCUCGAAGCCGGCGUGGGCGCGGUGGCCGGAGGGGAAGAAGAGUGUGCAUGAGACUUACAAUGGGGAUAGUCUGGAAGGAUGGCAUAAGAGACAUGGGCUUUUUGUUGAGUGA